GGGGAAAAAAUCACGGGGCGUUAGGUCAGCCGACACGGGAGCCAAAAGAACAGGUUGAUCGACUUGGUAGCGACAAACAUCGAUGCCGCUUUUUAUUGGAAGAUGAAGGUUUCGGAACCAGCAGUCAUCUGUGGAAACAACAACAACUGCAACCUUUCAGGGAUGGCCCUCGCGAUGCGGCGCAGCUGGUGCGGCUGCUCGCUGAAGGCGGGCUCCAUCAUCACGGCCUUCCUCUUCACGGCAGGCAGCCUCUGGGAGAUCAUGGACGCCACGUGGAUGAUUUCGGUCGGCCACCCUACGGAAUUCGGCGAAGAUGACCAGCAGACGACGGCGAUAGCGAUGCUGUGUCUGGGAACCAUCGUACUCGCCACCAGCAUAGCCCUUCUCGUCGCCUCCAUCAAGGAGCGCCCCGGCCCGCUGCUGGUGUUCGUGGCGGUGAACGCUGUGGUGGGGGCGCUGCACGCGGCCGUGCUGCCCCUCGAGGUGCUGGCGCUCUUCAGCGAAGGACAACCCCGCGACGCCUGGGCGCUGCUCGUCGUCGCUGUCGCUGGCGUCGUUUUGGACGUAUACCUGUUGGUGGUUGUCUACAGCUUUCAUCAGUUUUUGUGCGAAAGACAGAGAAGUGGAACUGUUUAACUGCAUUUCAUUGACACUACCUGCCAGUACCUAAUGUUGUAUGAGACUUGUCUGAUUAUUUCCAUGUUAAAUACAAAUAAAAAACAUAAUACCAAUGAUUUGGAAGAAGCCUGUGAUAUAGCAGCUGAACAAUACAGAAAUUUACUUUUAUUCAGUUUAAUUAAUUUCACAGAUGAUGAACUGUGUAACUUACCUAAUUCUUAAAGGCAAUAAAUGAGAAAAAUUAUAAUGAUAGAUAACAGUGAUACUUAAAAAAUUGUUGUAGGAAUGUCUGCAGGAAUUCUGCAAAGACUUCGGUCAUAUUGUACAAGGCAUGUAUCGUAAAUGCUCUACUUUAAUUAAGGACCCUUUCAUCACACUAAUUUAUGGAAGGUCAAUGAAUGCACUGGUCUUACUUGCAUCACAAGAUCUUUGUUUCAAUGCACGUGGUAUACGACCUAUUUUCCAGACAACCUUAAUCACAAAUUUCU